GUUUGCCGUUCCUACGUCAGCUCCAGAAAACGCCUUGUCCGCGGAGCUGUGAUGACACCGCACAAGGACUUGUCGUGAAAUAUCGUCCAAGGUGACGCUUCCAUGUGAUAGACGUGAGACAUUCCUCAUCGAGUGGCCUGUAUCGCGCAUGUGCAGUGCUGUACCGUAGAGGGCCUCCCCAGGAAUGUAGGAAAUGCUGGUACUUUAGACUGUAUCGAUUGGGCGGCGCGGGCUGAUCCUUUUACUUCCGCUCCGGGCGGGAAUGUUACGUCCGUUCGUUAAUAGGGCUGGUGCCCGACACGCUUCGGGAGGAGCCGCUCGGUUUAACACACCCCGUUCACCUUGACAGUCGUAUUCUUCAGCUCAAGGCGUUAGCCCAGCGGGUGUGCUUGGGUCAUUUGUACGUUUGAACUUGGUCUUGGUGGUACGUGGUCAAACAAUGGCAGACGCCGGGACCUUCGAGGAAGACUUUGUGACGGCGGCGUACGUAGAGAACACGUCGGUGGGAUUCCUUACCCCCACCGAAGAGAUUCUCCUGAACGUGACGAGCUCAGAAGACGGUAUCACGCCGCGAGACCCGUCCCCAGCCCUGCUAAAGACUGCCCUGAUGUUCAUGACGGGUGUACUCAGUAACGUUAUCGCCCUGGUGGUCCUGUGUCUGUCCCGCAGAGAGAGACGCCGCUCAGUGUUCUACACGCUAGUGUCCGGCCUCGCAUGGACCGAUCUCAUCGGCACGCUAGUCGUCUCACCCUUCGCUCUUAUAGUCUACGCCAAUAACUUCAAAUGGGUCGGCGGAGAACCUCUCUGUAAGUUUCACGCUUUUAACAUGGUCGCUUUCGGACUGAGCACCAAUCUUAUCGUAGCGGUCAUGGCUGUUGAGCGGUACAUUGCACUGAGCCAUCCUUACUUCUACAACAUCCACAUAGACCGUAAGAAAGCUCGUAUCGCCAUCGCCUGUGUGUGGGUAUACACCAUCCUGUUCUCUCUCCUACCGUUUGUCGGGGUGGGGAGGUACGAGAUCCAGUACCCGGGCACGUGGUGCUUCUUCAGCACCGCCGGGGACCUGACGUUAACCGAGGCGGUGUACCCCUACGCCUUCGCCGCCACGGGUAUCCUCAUCAUCCUGGGGACGACUGUCCUGAACGUGUCGCUGAUCUUCACCAUGUUCAAGAUGCGGAGACGGUCCCUGGAGAUGCAGACGUGUCGGGAGAUGAGACGGCUGCGGAAGGAGAAGGAGAUAGAGAUCCAGAUGGUGGUCCUGCUGGUGGGGGUGACCGUGGUCUUCACUAUCUGCUGGGGACCUAUCAUGGUGCGCAUCAUCCACAACACGUCAGGGGGCGCCGUUAACCACGCCGCAGACCUUUUAGCGAUCAACAUGGCGUCCAUCAACCAGAUCCUGGACCCGUGGGUCUACAUCUUGUUCCGGAAAGAGCUGCUGAUUCUGUUCUUCCGAUUCUUACGGGUCAUCCUGUGUGGAAAAGCCCGGAUGUCGAUCGAGCCGUCCAUUGGUUCGGGCGGGAUCGGUUCGGGCGGUAGGACGGAAGGACCGGGGAGACCUGCCCGGUUUCAGGAGGACUUCAGUGUUAUAGUGAACGGCAGCACUCAGAACAAUCAGAUUGAGAUGACUGAGCUAGUUUAACAAAAUCUAUCCUUUUUUUUUCUGUACAAACGUGAAAACAUUUUAGAAUUGGGGACGCACAGCAAGAGAAUCUAUAUCAUAAUUGUAAUGUGUAUUAACUGCAAUUUUUGCAAAGAGGACCAACAAUUAUGUCGACAUUGGAUUUCAGCCGAAGGCCAAAGAUAUCGUGGAGUUUUCUAGCUUUAACUGUGACUCUCCUAUAUAGGGCAGAGGUUGCAGGACACAUAUAGGCAAUAUAGAUGUAUCUGUUUGUAUAUAACGGUAGAAAUACAUCAUGACAUGGCAUUUACAUUAUAGGCCAUAACCGACCAUUGGUACUAGGGAGUUACUAGUAUCCAGCAGAUUAUUUUAUGGUAAGCAAAAAUAGAUUGUUGUUGUGUCAUAGUAUGCAGUAUUGUUACAUUUCAUACAUCUGUACGCGUUGAAAAUGAUGAUUGAUACAUUACAUUAGUACAAUCAUAAAAGCUGCACAUGUAUUACUGAAUGCAAACCACCCAUAUCAGUCCCUCCAGGCCUAGAUGCCGCUUUCAAGCCGAAUUGGGUGUGUUGAAGCGCCAGCUAGCGGCGCCCGCUAUACUGCCAAGAUGAGCACAUGUAAUAGCAGAUGAUUAUGCAAAAUAAUCAGAACUUGUAGAGUCAUGUACAUAGUUAUCAAUAUUACUGAGACUACUGGCACUAUUCUGUCUUUCUUUUUGUGCAAUAUCUACUAUAACAAUGAAAAACUUAAUACGCGUAGUGGUACAGGACAGAACAUGCACAAACAAUAAUUGUACUAGUAUCCGUCAAUUCCUUUGGCUACAGAAGAAAGUGUUGUACAUAAUUAAAUGAUGUAUACCCACCCUAAUAUCUAUAUAUAUAUGUACAUAUAAUAUUCACAUACAUCUACGCACACGCACAUAUAUUCUUCACAGUGAGUUUUGGGUUUGAGUAUUCAAACACGAUAUUCAUAAAAUGCAUUUAGAGUUGUAUAUCAAUUACGUAUGAUAAGCUGUUGUUAAAGGCGAAUAAAAACUUCUUCUGUUA